AAGAAAGGGGUUCUUCUUCUUCUUCUUCGUCUUUUUUGGUUUAAGAGAGAAGAAAGGAAGAAAAACUUCUCUAUUUGGAUAAUAAAAAAUUGGAGGGGAAAUGAGAGGAAGAGAGGGGUUUAGGGCUUCUUCUUUUUCUUUAGGGGCUUCUUCUUCUUCUUCUUCUUCUUCUUCUUCUUCUUCUUCUUCUUCUUCUUCUUUCGUUUAAGGGAGAAGAAAGGAAGAAAACUUUCGUCUUUUUUCGUUUAAGGGAGAAGAAAGGAAGAAAAACUUCUCUAUUUGGAUAAUAAAAAAUUGAAGGGGAAAUGAGAGGAGUGGAGGGGACUUUGUCUCCCUUAAAUCAAACAAGAGUACUAGGGGCUACCUUUCUCAAACCUAUUAGUAGAGGAGAGAUCUUCAAAGAUCAUAAUGACAAUUAGAUUAUGGGGUUUGUCAGGAAUAUAGGCAUUACUAAUAUAAUAAGUGUUAAAUUUUAAAACAUAGAGAAUAACCUUUAAGUUUAUUGUUAUUAAGGGAUUUUCUAAAAUUAACAUUGGGUUUGAAUCUAUUUAUACCAUUUAAUUAUUGUUUGCCUAUAUUUUUAACAUUUUGAAUUAUAAAGAACUUAUGAUGAAUUUUGUUCUAAGUUAAUAUUGCAACAUGUCAAUAGUGAUAGCCAUAUGUGUAGUAACCAAUUUCUCAAGAUAGGAAUAUCACCUUUUUUAACUUUUGUCAUUUUUAAUAAAUGUUCAUUUUUUGUGAUUGCAUUUUAUCUUAUUUAUGUACUAGAAGUUCACUUUUUAAAACAACCUUAAUGAACUCUCGUUUUUUGUACUAAUAUAAUUUUAUCCAUUUUUUCUCAAAAAGAAGAAGAAAAAAAAGUAAGUAAUGACUUUUCUUUUUUUUUUUAUACUAACCUUUUGGUAUUCAGAAACCACAUUGGACCCUGACUAAUCCAGAAUCGAGCCGGGUCGGACCCCAUAUGGGGGGAAGCUCUCCCAGCACCUGUUUUUCCAUUCACAAGACUCAAACUCGAGAUCUUACUUAAGGGGAACUGAGUUUCUUCCACUCGGACCAAUAGGUUGUUGGUAUGACUUCUUCUUUUUUAAGAUAUUAGUAUUUCUCAUUUCCAUUACAAAUGUUUAAUUAAUAAUAUGUUUGGGUUGAGGGGAGGGGAAAAAUUUUUGAGUAAUCAAAUUGCAAUAUUUAA